CAGCACCAUGCAAUGGUUGCAUCAGGGUUAGUUCGACGGAUGCCCCCAAAGCAUCAGGAAAGUGUUUGUUGCCUUCCCAAACUAUGAUAUAGCAAGCCAUUUUAUAUUCAUUGUCACUGAAGUGAAAGGAUAUCACAGGUAUCUUCCUGUUGCUUGUUUUUGUCUCUUAUCGCAACAUUGGACACCUGAUAACAAGGAAGCGUGUUCAAUAAUCUAUGUUGGAGGCUUAGCCAUCGUAAUCAGUCGUCAUUUAUAGAAUUGUCUUCCUAGAUCAUGGUGAUUGUGCGUAAUAUUUUUCUGAUGUCUCUGAAGAGAAAUGUCCAUCUGCAGAUCUAGUUCUAAAGCUAAUGUCAGUUUGCCAUCUACUGAGCAUAGGAUACACUGGGAUAUCUCAGUCGGAUUCUGAUUCUGGUGUCUUGGAAUUGUUCUUUUGGAAUUCCUGAACAGACUACUGGUGAGGUCAAAUUAUCCUGCUGUGCAGGACCAAAAUACAGGGAUGAACGAAAGCAGUUUGGCCUGAACAUGUGCAAGAGUGAACAUCUUGUGAUCCACUGAUCAGUGAUGUGUUGGUGAAUAGUCAAUGAAUGCCUUUUUGCACUGAUGUCCUCACUAUUAACAUAUGUUGUGAAAAUUAACCUGUUCGCAAUGAUUGCAACGUGCUUUGUCCAAGUGUUGAUUUUCAGGAUGUGAUCAUGUUCAAACUUCAAAAGGAAAGAAAGGCCGAUGCUUAAUAAUAUCGUUGACUCUACUUUAUCUUAUUACAAGGUAUUGUCAGGCUCACCGCCAUAUUUGUGCAAACUGGGUAAACUGUAACUGAAUUGGCUGAGAGGUUUCUUAAGGGAUAUUCUUUGACCUGAGCCGGAGUUCAGGUUGACUGUUCAGUAAUCCAUAAGCUUUUCCUGCAUUGGCAUUUAGAGAGGAAAGUUGCCCUGUCUGUCCAUGAUGUCGUCAUCGUUGACUCUGAGAUGUAAGAGGAAUUUCAGGUCGUUUGGCAAAAAGUGGAGCUCAAGGUCAUGGAACUAUGGUGAAGGGGAAGGUGGGAGAAGAAGGAAGACUGAACGAGAGCAACUCCAGGCGGAGCUUGAGCUGGACCUACUGGAGGCAUGUUCAGACAUACGCAAGUUAGAGUUUCUUCUUAAGAAGCUGGGUUUCAGUGCAAUCAAUAAAAACUACAAGGAAACUCCUCUCUACAAGGCAGCACAAGGAGGACACCUGGAUGUCGUCAAGUUCUUGUUGCGCUGCGGAGCGGAUGGACGACCCAACCAGGAGAGUAAGAUAACCGCCCUCUACGCCGCUUGCCAAUAUGGCUACCUGGAAGUGGCCGAAACUUUGCUUAAGAGGUUUCCAGGUAUGGCUAGUGAGCAGACACAGGACAUGGAGCUCCCGCUGCAUGCUGCUGCCAAAGAAGGCUACCCCGCCUUGGUCAAACUCCUUCUGGAGUUCGACUAUAAGACGGCUGUCGAAGAAUCGAGCAUCUGCGAGUCCGACCUUGGAACCUCCGGCAUCACCUUCAAGUCCUACAAGGGCAACCUGCCCUUCUAUAUCAACCAGAGAAACAUCAACGGGCAGACCGCUCUCUACCUAGCCUGCAUGGCAGGACACCCGGAAGUGGUCCGCAUUCUCCUGGAGUACCAACCUUCGGGGACAGCGAGACAUUCCUACGCAACGCUCAAGAAGAAGUCCUAUGUGGAUGUUGAUUGCUACACGGUGCUUGGGCAGACGCCGUUGCACAGUGCUGUCAUGAAGGGCGAUACUGAGAUCGUUGCUCUUCUGCUCAGGCAUGGUGCUGAUGUCAACCUUCCCAUCAAGUCCAUACAGUGCCUCUUUGAUUCAGGGAAGGAGAAGGAUUCAGGAAAGGUGACAGAGAAGAUGUUCUUUGCAGAAGAGGAUUCCUCGCUGCUCUAUGAAGCAUGCAGUGCCAACGAUUACAACAUUGACAUCAUCAAUAUGCUUCUGAGGCAAGGUGCGCGUGAUGUUGAUGAUAAGGCCUUGAUGGCUGCUACAUUGGCAGUUCACAAUGAUGUCAAGACUAGUAUUCUGGCACACACUGGUGUGCAUCCAGAUCCAGACUUUGUGAUUGGAGACAAACCACUCAGCAAGUUCAAAAACUACUUUUUGGAAUGCUCGCGGAGUAGUAGCGUGGAUUUGGAUGAAUCGACGAUCAAGUUUGGGAAGGGAUCGCGGGAAACUGCAUCAAUGCAGAGGUCCCGUUUUGGAAGGCAGGACUCAAAUCCAGGUGAAAGACGCAAGGGUGGAAUCUUAGAUCGCAGGAAAACAGUUGCUAGUAUCAAGCGAUCUGUGAGCACGCUUGGAACAUUUGAUACUGCCGUCACCAUUGACUGGCAUGAUCACAACUUAACAGACAUUAAUGUAGAUUGGUUGGUGGAGGCUGGUUUUCGGCAUAACCCAGCUCUGAGACAUUACCCCGUUCCUGAAUCAGGGAUUCAUGACGUAGUCGCGACCAUCACACGCAUUGACAUUUCUGAUAACAGCCUUAGUCGGAUUCCUCUGGUUGUAUUCCAGCUGCCAUCCUUGCAGCAUCUAAAUGCCAGUAGGAACAAAAUUAGUAGGCUCCCUGAUGGAGCCGCAGUGGGAGAACAAUGCUCAAGGAAGAGCAGCUUUUCAGAAGGAUCUGAUGUAUUCGCUCUGGAUCAGUGGAACGCUCCAUUGCUCAAGCAUAUUCACCUAGAGCACAAUAGAAUAAGUACCUUGCCACCGGACAUCUUCUCAUUACCUUGUCUGGAAAACCUUUACCUUCAAAACAAUCGGCUUACGCACAUGCCUUUUGAGAUGUGGAUGUCACCUAAGCUGAAAAUGCUCAAUCUUAGUCGGAACAGGAUAGAAGAAUUACCAAGUUAUCAGAUGGACUCUGUUGGUGGUGUCAAUAUGAGCUGCCACUUGGAGACUCCAGGAAUUGUUGAUGAGAAUCACAUAGGAUGCAACCAGAAGACAAGUCAGAUGUCUCUCCCCAUGGCGCUCAUGGCUGAUUCAAAGAAAGAAUCGUCAGCAGUCAAAGGUGGGAAAUCCCGUAGCAGCCCUACGCUUGACGAGGCAGGCUUGGAGAGUCAAUCGACCCCUUCUAGGGGGAUGAAACGUCAGAUUUCCUCAGGGGCAAUGUCGGCUCCAGACUCUGAGGGAGUGGAGUCGGGGUCGCACACUCCCCCACGGCGGUAUUCCUUUGUCAACAUGAAGCGUCAUCGCUUGUGUAGCAUGGGGUCGUAUGAUGCCACGCACGAAGAAGAAGAAAAUGGGAACAUCGAUGAAUUGAGCUCCUUAGAAAUUCUUGAUCUUUCACAUAACAAACUUUCCCAGAUACCCUCAGGUUUACCUUGCCUGACUCCAAAGCUUACCAAACUCAUCCUAUCUCACAAUGAAAUCCUUGAACUCUGCUCUAUCAGCAAGCUGCCAGCUGGUCUGAUGGAUCUAGAAUUAGCCCAUAAUAGAGUCAAGCACAUCUCGGUGAUUGCACCAAGGACCUCUCUUCGAGGUAAGAACACUUCAUCACGGCUCAUACGGGCAGCCUCUACCGUGGAGAAUCCUACAAAUUCCACGGACUCGUGCUACAGUCCGAAGACCUCCUGCUACUUGGUCACCUCGCCGUUGUCGUCAUCGUCGUCAUCAAGACGGAGGAGCCGUGAGUCCGUCAUGGUGCCGCCGACUCUUUCAGUAUCCACCAACAGCCUGGUCCAGGUCUGCAAGCAUAGGAGGCAUCGGACGUUGGCCAACCUGAGGACUCUGGACUUGUCCAACAACUGCUUGGAGAAGUUGGAGAUCAUCUCCAGAAUGCUUGUGGAUGCACCCCAUGACAUUGGGGAAGACGAGGAUGAGCCCAUGGUGGUCACCAUACACGGGCAGCAGGAUGAAGAUCCAAAUAUUCCUGCAGAUGCUUGGAAGCUCUACACCAAUACUGCAUGUACGGACACAGAGGGCACCCUCCUCUUUCCAAGCCUUAACGUCUUGAUGCUCUCAAAUAACUUGCUGAGUGAGAUCCCAGCCGAUGUACAGUACUUGACCAAGCUUAGUAGUUUCAAGGUGGAUGGUAAUGUGAACAUCACUACCCUACCACCAGAGAUGGGAAGACUCAAAUGCCUUUAUGACUUCAAUGCAGACGGUUGCCAACUUGUGGAGCCUCUCUCUUCCAUGAUCAAGACGUCGCUCGUCAAAGAUGUGCUAGGGUACCUACGCUCCAUUCUCGAUGAUGCAAAGCCAUACACCCGUAUGAAACUGAUGUUUGUGGGGAAAGCUGGCAUCGGAAAGACAACUCUGCUGAAUGAACUGCGCAGGGAUGGAGUGGGUGCUUAUAUUGCACAGUCACUCGGGACCUUUGGGGAGAGACAAGGUAACAGCCACAUUGGUGGUAAAACCCUGAAGGGGACACACCUGUCUACGGUCGGAGUGGACGUCUGCGAGUGGACCUACAACAAGAAGAAAGGCAAACACGGCAAGGUCACGUUCAGCACCUGGGAUUUCGGAGGACAGCAAGAGUUCUACGCAACACACCAGUAUUUCCUGACGAAGCGAUCCCUCUACCUCGUGGUCUUCAAGAUCACUGAUGGGUCAAAGGUCAUCAAUGAACUCCAGCAGUGGCUGGUUAACAUACAGGCGAGGGCUCCCAACUCUCCUGUCAUCAUCGUAGGCACUCACUACGACGUCAUCCUCCGAGACAAGAAGUAUUCCAAGGAGUACUGGCCCGAGCUGAAGCGGACCAUCUUCGAUCGGUUCAUCAACAUUGCCCAUCCCCAGGAUGCGGGGCUCCCCCACGUGAUAGCGUGCGUAGAGGUGAGCUGCGCUGCCAGCUCCAAGUCGUACAAUGUCAACAUGCUUCGGGAUUUGCUGUACGACACGGCCUAUAGUCUAACUGAGGGUCGAGAGAGGGAGCCCUUGUUGAUGCAGAGGGUGCCGACAUCCUAUCUUGCCCUUGAGAAGGCUGUGAUGCAGAUCUCAGCUGACAUGAGGGCUGCUAAGAGAGAACCCGUCCUGCACAGUACUGAAUAUAAGUCUGAGGUGAUGAGGAUGAUGGUCGAACAGUCUCAGAUCUCAUUCCACGAUAAGGAAGAACUCCUCCAAGCAACAAGAUUCCUUCAUAACAACGGUAUUCUUCUUCACUACGAGGACUCAAUGCUGAAUGACUAUUUCUUCCUGGACCCGCAGUGGUUGUGUGACACGCUGGCCAAGGUUGUGACGAUUCCAGAGAUUAACCCAGAUGUUAAGAAAGGUGUGAUGCUCGUCAAAGAUCUGCAUCGGAAGUUUGAGGAUUCCAGCGUGAAGGAAUUCAUAAUCAGCCUCCUCAACAAGUUUGAGGUGGCUGUGACCUAUGACCCCAAGCACCUCUUGAUCCCGUCUCGUUUACCCCAGGAGGGCGUGGAUACCACCAUUAUACCGGUCUUUAGGAGCAGGAGUGACUCCACUAGGGUUUACAGGAAGACAGGAGCAAGAAGUCCAUCACCGAUCCAGUCCUCUCCUCCAGAAAGAUGGAACAGAAAAGCAGUACGUGGUCACAGUCCGUCACCCUCCAGGAUGUAUUGCCGUGAUGGAUCACCGACAGAUGUCACAUCCGCUGGAGAGACAUCCCCUGAGACCCUCGAACCUCCUGAGAGGAGCCAAGCCUCGAUGUCCAUCCCAGUCCCGAUCCGAAGAAACCUCCAGGGCAAGGCGAGAAUGGCAAACUGCGCUUCGUCACCUCCUUGCGAGAUGUACAGUGAAGCGUCAACGUCCACCUUGGGAUUGGACACAAGUGAUACCCCUACCUUUGAACUGUUGCGGAAGUCGGCUACCAUCUCCAAGAGCCCAAGCUCAGGGGAUGUCAAUACAGGAACUGUCAAAGGAAAGCUGGACAGGGCAGACAUUGCGUUGGUGUCAAAUCAGGCAAAGGAUGACAAGGUGCCCAGCCCAUUUGAUGGGUAUAAGUUCACUCCUGUGGAGAACCUUAAGACUGCUAUCAGAAGACUCUAUAUCCUCCAGUACAUUCCCAGUGGCUUUUGGUCACACCUGAUCAGCAGACUUUUAUCCGACCAGAUGAUCCCUGGUCUUAUCAACUCUAUGUAUCUGCUCUCGGACGAUGUCCGCAGGUUCUUUGAAGAUACCCCUAUAUCAGAAUUCACCAAUGAGUUCCAGUGGGUGUGUUGGCAGUCUGGGAUUGAAUUGAAAUUCAUGUCAGUGACUGUGUUCCAUGUGAAAGCUGUUGUCAGGGAGAAGCUAUUGAGUUCUGUUUUUGAGCGGGAGAGGAGACCAGAGUCCGUCCACGUUCUGAGCCUGACAGAUGACCCUGACAACUUCCCAAGGAAUGUGUCCCUUUCCCGGAGUGGCCAGUUGGAGAUCCUUAUCCCUAACCAAAAUCUAGAAGUAACACAUAAGGUCCAGCAGAGAGACAGCAAUGGAAAGAAAACUCUUGAUUCAGUGAAAGUGCUUACGUCAUUGGAGGCUGUUUGCCGUCUCUUGUCUACCAUCAUUGAUCUUAUUGACACCUUGAUAGAGAACUUUUAUCCCAACCUGUGUGAACCAUUGGGGACAACGUUUGAAGGAGAACUCUUCAUCACGAGGGUAGUUCCUUGCCACCGGUGUUGGCGGGACUACAACAAGCCAAGUUGGGAUGAGGUGGAUGUCUCCGAAUGGGAAUUCAUCCAUGCUCUCGAUGCAGAUUUGCACCUGAAUGCCGAACACGAUUCUCCGCUCCUGUGGUCGUCCAUCAGCUCUGCAGAUGCCCAGAUGAUCAGCACCAAUACGGGUGAGCGAAGCAAGCUUUGCUGUGGACUCUCCUGUAGCUACCCAAGACUCCAUGAUGACAUCCUGACAGGUGUCAACCUCAGGCACCUCAACCCAAGGCGAAAAGCUGCCCAUGCACUCUAUCGAAAGGAUCGCAUAGCGGCAGCGGCCAACAUCCGUCUCUCUACCGAUGGCGACAUGACUCUACAGACGGAGAUAGAUGCUGACCGAGAACAUCCCCUGCCGCUGGAGACCUGCAGUGAGCUUGGUAUUGAACCCGAUGUCAGCAACGACAUGAUCGCCUUGGACACUGUCCUUAACAGCACCAUGUUGAGCUCCAUCCAUAAAAGUGGUGAUGUGCCUCACGAUAUCUGCGUGUAUGGGUUCCUUUUUGAAGAGCUUGUCCUGCAAUCUAUGAGGAAUGAGUUUGUGGAGUGUCCCAAUCACGGAAACAUAGCCAUCUCCGUCAUUGCACCAGAUGUUAUGUAUGCAGAUCUUGGACCAUCCCUCCUGACCGAAAAGUCGGCCUUGGACAUCCAACGUCUGUUGGGCAGUGGGACGUUCGGCCUGGUCUUCCAGGGGGUGAUGGCCCGUGCCUCAGAGCACCGACGUCCCAUCGCAGUCAAGAUGCUCCAGCCCUACCCGCCAGGCCAAGGCGCCGGGAACACCGACAGGCGGCGCUACGACAACGACAACACCAAGUGGCACCGGGAUCCGUUAAGGUUCUCCUGUGAGGCUUACAGAACAGCUCGCAAGGAACUCUCCAUCAUCAAUAACCUUGACCAUCCACACAUAGUUCCUUUCCUUGGGUUCUGUAGGCAUCCGAUGUGUCUGAUCCUGGAGCUGGCGCCUCAAGGUGCACUUGACACCAAGAUGGAGAACUUCAAGCGUGUUGGAGCCAGGCUGACGCCUCACACCUUGCAAGAAUUAGUUGUACAGGUUUCCUCAGCCGUCGCUUAUCUCCACAGCAAAGACAUCAUCUACCGUGACCUCAAGGCGGAGAAUGUCCUUGUGUGGAAGUUCCCGGACCCAUAUAGUCCUAACCCUGCAGAUCCUAUCAAGAUCAAACUGGCUGACUAUGGCAUCAGCGUGACCGCACUGCCUUCAGGAACAAAGGGGUAUGGUGGGACACCGGGAUACAUGGCCCCAGAGAUUGUCCAAUAUGAUGGCAAGGAAACCUACAAUGAGAAGGUUGAUUGUUUCUCCUUUGGAAUGUUCAUGUAUGAGCUGAUGUCUCUCCAGCGACCCUUCGAGUGUCUGGUCGGGAAGGAUGUAGGUCGAUUGUCAGAGGUUAUCAAGCAACUCAUCAAGGAUGGCCAGAGGCCUGUGCUCUCAAGAAAGGAGAAGUCCAACCCAACCUACAUGCUGGACCUGCUGACCUGGUGCUGGGCCCAGGACUCCAGGGACCGCCCAUCAAUGGAACAGAUCAAGGACAUCUCAAAGACAGCAGAGUUUGCCAACCUCCUGGAGGUGCUCUCUCUGGAGGAGAAGCCAGUCGUCUCUUGCGCCGUUGCCACCACAGCAGGAUGUGGGUCGGAAGGAGACGGUCCGGACACCUCGUCCAGUCUGCCGGUCAUCUGGAUGACCCAGACCAUGGAAGAGGAUCAGUCGUCAUCGGUGGUCAUCCUCAACAUUGACCGCACCCCUAGCGACGACACCACCUGCUUCAACCUGACCGUCUCCGGAGGCACUGUCCGCUGCGUGUGUUCUGUGGCUGAUACGAUGUGGCUUGGUCUGAAUUCAGGCUCUAUCGUUGUAUAUGAGAACGGAAGGUUCUCGUACCCCAACGAAAUCGCACGCCUCUCUCUUCCACAGUACAAGAGCAAGCCGCGCUCCCCGUGCUGCAUGGUACACAUACCCCCUCUCCAGCUGGUUGCCAUAGCAGCAGAUCACGAGGUCGCCUUCAGGCAAGAAGACGGGAACGGGGCGCCCUCAGCGGACCCGGACGGCUUCCACUAUGUCGAUGUGCAGAGAGAGAUCAUAUCCAUGGCCAUCGUCCUGAAGAAGAAUGGAAGUAAAAGGUCCUACGAGCUAUGGUGCGGCCAGACCGAUGGGUACGUGACCAUCCUGAAUGCCGGCAACCUGACCACUCAGCAGGUCGUCCUCUGCCAUCUUGACGAACCCCUCACGUUGGCACCGGUCACUCAGAUGGUGACCUAUGACCUUGCCAUCCAGGAACAGAUGGGUCUCCAGCACGUCUGGUCGUACGUCCAGCCAGGCCCAGUAGUGUACAAGUGGAACACGGAAACGAAAGCAAUAGAGGGCAGGCUUGACUUUGUUGCGACGGUCUCAACUUGUAGAUCCAACCCCCGACCAAGAGGCAGACAAAGUCAUCGACCAAUGAGUGCCUUCCGCUCCCAGGUGAACUCCAUGUGCCUUAGCGGUGAGUACCUUUACAUCGGAAUAUCCUGCGGCCAUCUCCUUGUCCUUGAUGCAUCCACCCUGGCCCCAGCCAUCCUGCUCUCCUGUCACGAGGGUCCUGUCAAGUUCGUCAUUCCCGUAGCGCCCUUUCAUCAUCACCACCUGGUGCCAGACCUCCCGGAUUCAUCAUCCAUCAUCCCAGAUCAUCAGUCGGAGGCAGCCGUAGCGCAUCGGUUCAGGUUCAGCCGCCCAACCUUGGUCACCCUCGGGAAGGGCUUCAACGAUCUGGUGGGCGGAUACGGGAAUUCGCCGUCCCGCUUCACCGGCCAGGAGAGGCUGGGUUGGUACAUUCUUCUCUGGAACAUGGAGUACUUCAGUGAGGAUCGUCUGGAGGUUGGAACCGAUUUCCUGGAUGGCAUCGUGAGGAAGAAAUCAAGGAGUACAGAGGUAUGAUGACCUGGUCUAGCACUACGGUUCUGCUGCUUCAGAAUGUGAGAACUUCCAAUAAUUUCUAAGAAUAGGGAUCCCUUCUUUCAGGACCUUCUAGAAGUGAGAAUUUCCUGGAAGGGUCAUUAGGGAGAACUUAUUUUGUUGGCAUAGUCUGGAACCAUAGUGUUUUCCAGCCCAAUGCUCAGAUAAGAAGCAUUACCAUUUUCCAUCUUCCUGUGAAUGAAGAGGCUUACAGAGAUGCGACACCUCAAGGAAUAUCCAGCCUUACCAGCCAUCCUCAAACAAUGAGGUCUCUUAUACCCUCCUUUAGAUGGUAGAACAUAGUCUUUGAUGAUGAUUUUCUGUGUCAGCCAGCCGCAGGAUUGCUUGUUCUAGAACACCUGAGUGAAGAGCUUCUUAAGGAAUAUAUAUCAAUACCAGCUGUCCUCAAGGAAUGAGAUCUUCCUUUAGAAGGAGGAACGGAGUAAUUGAUGAGGAUCACCUGUGUCAGGCAGCAGUUUUGCUUGGUAAAGAAGAACUGAGUGCAAAGGUGUGAAAAUCUUGUCAAGAACCAGGUAUUCUUACCAGCUGUCCUUAAGAAAUAUGUUCAUAUACACCUCCAGUAUAUAGCAAGCAGAACAUUGUCUUUGAUGAGAAUCUCCUCUGGCCGACAGCUCAAUUGCUUGGACAAGAAGAAAUGUGUAGUACAAAUGUGUUGCAACCUUCUUGAGGAAUAUGUCAUGUUACCAGCAUUCCUCAAGGGAUAUGACCCUGUUCAUCCUCUUGUGGAGGAAAUUUUUUGUUGAUCUAAUAUGCAUUCAUUCGUAAUUUGGCCAUUGUUUUAAGGACUAAGAGUUGUAGUGUGCUCAUCAUGACUAAAAUUAUUCAGCAUUCCAUAAUUUAGGUUUGUUUGUAAAGCCAUAUGUAACUGUAACAACUGUAUCAGCCCUACCCCCAGACAUCCAAUAUGUGCAGCAAGAGUACAAGAAAGGAAGUGGAGAGGAUAGACAAGAGGAAGUAGGGAGGCAUUGAAUGAUCUAAUGCGGCAGACAAGUGUACAGAAAGAAAGACAGACACACUCAAAAGAAUAAACAUAAAUACCCCGACAACAAUAUGUGUGUCAGUGUGUAAAAUGAGUCGGAUGUAAAGUGCAUUUUGAUAAAACGAGAAGAAAGAUGAAAGACCGAACAGGACACAAGAAAGAGAGAGAGAACAAAGAAAUUAUGGUCACAAUAUUCUGCCCUAUACAGUGCACCCCAGAAAAGUAAACCAUUAUUCCCAUGUCUUUUUUCUUCAAAGGAAAAUUAAUUAUGAUAUUUCAUUUACAUCAUCAUACAAUUCAAUUAUUUCUCUAUAUUUUGAUACCUAAUAUGUGACAAACACUUCACGCAUUAAUGAGCAAGAGGAAUUUUAAUGUCAAAAUCAGGUUGCACAGAAAAGUUGAACAAGAUUGGUUAGUGAUACAAUGACCGUGCUUAUUCGACGAUUAGCUUACUAGCAUUUCUUUUGUAUUCUGUGUGAAUUUUCUCUCACUGAUCCCUGUAAUGAAAAUGGAUUCAGAUUCACAUGUGAGUUUCUGCGCAAAUCGCUUCUGACACGCCUCAAUAUUUAUUGCUUGUAAUCUGCCAUCUGCAAACGAUUUGCUCAGAUGUUGGUCUCAUAUAAAAGAUGAGAUUCCACUCUUUCCAUAAAUAUCAAAUUUAUAGUAUGUAUUAUGAAAUCUGUCUCUGAAAACGGGUUUCCUUUUUUGUGAGACGCACUGUAUAAUGCUUAGUCUACUUACAGCAGAAUGAUGUUUCUUGAUCUUUACAGGUAUAUUAUUAAGGUUUGAACGACCAAAGGAGAAAGAAAAAUAUAAAGAGAAUAGUGUCAAAUGACAUAGACAGCUUGGGAAUGUUUCAUAUAGCUUUUUUGUAAAGUAAUGCAUAACAUUCUGAUCAACUGGAGUAUGGCAAGCCAUGUGUGUGCAUCCACCACUUUAGCUUAAUAUGUAAAACAACUUUCAUUUAGAGUAUAUUCGUUGCUUUGAUGUAAAUUUGAUAAUUUCAAAUACAGUAAAGAUAUUUUCCUCUUAAGCAACAUGUUUACUUUAAUAUGUUUUAUACUUGUAUUCAUUAUGUUUUUGUUUAUGCUAACAAAUAACAAGAUCUAGAAGAGUUGCAUGAAAAUGAAUAAUGCACGUCUUCAUCUGUUCAUAAUAUGAUAUAUCCGCUGUUGUCGAGGCCCUUAUCAAUCCAUUGCUCCCUGCCUAAUGGCUUCAGUGAUAGAUUAAACACAUCCUCAACUCCUCAACUAAAUGAACUCAUCCACAUUCAUCAUUUGUAUAAUAUCUCAUGAAAAGUUUUGGCGCUUCAUAUUUCCGUAAUGUACACUGUUCGUAAAGCCAUGCAUAACUUUACCAACAGCUUUAUGAAAUAAUAAUUGGCAUUUAUAUAGCGCUUUAUUAUUCUACAACUGUUUAAAGCGCUUCACAAUUAUUACCCGGUCACUUGAUCCAUAGCAUUUCAAGCAGCCUGUUAGGCGCAAGCUUGCUAAACCAACCACAAUGACGGUUGUUUCCUACCUUUGCCCAAUUAGCACCUGGGUGAGAGUGGUAAAUCAUCCUCGGGAUGAGAAAAAAGGGCUCGUUUUAAUAGGACACUAUCCCUGUCCACCCGAAACCUCCCACCCAACCCACAACCACUUUAGCUCCUUAUCAGCGAGACCCUGCAAUGAGAUACUAUUGAUAUGUUCUCAAGAUUAAAAGCCUUGAUUUGCAAGCUGCAGGAGUGCCGAUUUGGCCCAGUUUCUAUUCCGCCGGGAAAUAGGGAACUGAUUUUGCAUUUUGAUUGCCGGCUGUGCGCUGUUUGUUGGGAACCUGGAGUAGACUUGUAUUGCUUUUUAAAAGAUGAGCAGAAAAAAAAUGUGUCCUCUUGAUUGUUGUUGUUGACAUAUGAAUGCCUUUCUUUCAUUCAACUGACAUAGCAUAGAAGUAGCAUUAUCAUAAUACCGGAACGCCAUUACAAACACCACACGUUUGAUCAUUGUUUCGAUCAAUUUAACACCACUUUUUUUCAUUCAAUUAUACAACAUUCUCUUUGGAGAUGAUAUCUUUUUAGAUCUAGGUACUUUACCACGAUUAUGAGUUAUUUUAAGAGAGCUAGGAUUAUAUGUAUAUUUGGUUAGUGCAUUGCUUCUCGGUGCAAUGGAAAUUUCUCCCACAAUGCAUUUCAUUUGAGAACCUUAAAGGCACGUAUCUUUUGACAUGUUCAGUAAAUGUAUGUGACACCAACGGUUAUGCUAUUGUGAUUUGGUAACAAAAGGUAUCGAGCACAGUUCUGUAUUGCGUUUUCAAUUUUGCUAAGGGCAUGGGUGAGGCUGCCCAACCUAGCGUCAAUCGCAAAUAUGGGUGGAAUACUUAAAAAAUACAAAACUCAUUGAUACAUGUAGCUCAACAAUAUAGAGCAUUUUCAAUCCAAACAGCAAGAUUUAUUUGAAUACUUUGUAUUUAUCACCCUAUGAAAAGAAUAUUGAUCAAAUUAUUUUUUAUACUUGUUUAUUUAUUCAAUUAUUUUUUUUAAUUUAUUUACUUAUUUAUUCAUUGAUUCAUUGGGCAUUAUCAAGAUAAGUACAAAUGUGUAAAAUGACUGAGGUGUUACUAAGUGUUAAACUCUCUUGGUGGCAGAAUUUACUUGUAUCACUUGGUUAUUAGUGGCAGCAUUGUCACAUGUUUACCAAAUUAAAAGUCAAGUAAUUGAAGCUGCUGAAGUCAAAUUAAUGAACAACAGUUUGAGUGAUCUGGUGGGUGUUCCAUAAAACUGACUGGUGACCCUCUCUUUACAAGUAACUCAACACCAAAAAAAUAUGGGGUAUAUCAUUUACUAUAAGAAAGGGUCACCAGUCGUUCAUAAAGUCGCUUGUAACUUCUGAAGAUUUAUGAAACACUCCCAUUGGUCCUGUAACAACAAAGGUUAGUAAUUAAUCGUACGCUUGAUUUUCACUAUUAAUUGUACAUUGUAGUCAAUGUAGUCAUUAAAAAAAUGCUCUAUAAUGAUUGCUAAGUUUUAUGUUCUGGGCCCCGGAUGUGAAAAUAUGGUUUGACUUUUGGAUGGUCAAGCGUGCAGUAUACUACUUUACAUGUAAAUUUGGUUCCAUGACGUUUGCUCUGGCGACAAUUACUCCGCUCUGAAUUUCACAUCCUAAUCAAAUAACCAACUUCAACCCUGGGUUUAACAAUAUACAUGUACCCUACCCUAACAUUAACCCUAAACCUAACAUAAAACCCUAUUGCAACCCUAACCCUACAUCUUAGACAAAAUUAAGCCUGGAGAAAUCGUCGCAGGAGCAAUUGUUGUGUCACUGUGUAAUUGUCCUCUCUCUCACUCUCUCCCUCCCCCUUUUCCCACUCUCUUUCUCUUCCUUCACUUCUCUCUUUCUCACUUUCUCCCCUCUCUCUCCCUCUUUCUCUCUAUCUCGCUCUGUUAUAUUUUUUUGUAUAAGUAUCAUUCUUUCCCUUUCUUCCUGCAUUUCUACUGUACCUCUUUAACUCUUUAACUUAAUGUUUAAGAUCAAACAAUUUUAUUAAUUAUUUAAUUUGGCUUGGUACAUAGUGCAAUAAUCAAACCAAUCAUUGCAUACAAUGUAUGUUUGUUAAGAUAUUCUAACUAAUUUGUGAAUAUGCAAAUAUACUGUAUGUUUUAGCAAUAAGCAUCAUAUUUAUAUUAUGGUCUUUUAUGUACAGGUGCAAAUGUGCAAUACAUUUAGAAUAUUGAUGUAAUACAUGAAAAAGUUAUGUAUUUAUUGUUGAGGCCUAUGUUGAAUGUUAAAGGAGGUAAUCAAGGCUGAAAAUUUUGUGAAUUAAAGUCGGACAAACAUAUCACCUUUAAAGCGUUGUAAACAUUAGUAUAUUUCAAACCAAAAGACAGACACUAAUGCACCUAUCUUUCUCAUCCGAAAUUAAUGGACUAGCUAACAUGUGAUUUAGCAAUAAUUUUGACACAGUAAAACUAUUAAUUUAAUCCAUUUAUAUCCAAAAACACUAACGUUUUUCCUUUUUUUUUCAUAUCACGAGGUAGUGAGUGGCUCAUUUUUUUUAAAUUUAAACAUGACUGUCAUUCUUUAAACUUGAAUGCCUUCAUAAAUGUGUCUUAUAAUUUAUUUUUAUGUUGAAAAUUAUAUACAGGCUGGACCUAUCAAAAAAGGGGAUUUUUUUUCUUUUAUAUUUUGCUCAGGCGUUAUUUUAUUCUGAAGAAUGCAUUUUUUUUCAUCCUCCCUGUAUGUGAUUAGGGUAUUUUUUUCUAAUCUUUCCCAUAUAGGUUCAAACAUUAAAUGGAUUCAAAGUGUUAGGAAGACAACUUUAACAUUUUGAAGAAAAAAGGGUAUUGAAAAAAUCAAGAAAUGCAUGCUUCUCUGCUGGUCAGAUGAAUAGAUUCCUUUUCUUUUUUUGAUAAAUAUUUCUAAAGUUUAUAUCAAGCACGAUACUCGUAGCAUACUGUAUAUCUGGAGAAAGUUUGUGAUCUAUUCUAUUGUGUGUAUAUUUGUAUAAAUUUGUGUACAUUUGCAUGGGCAAUUUCAACAUAUUAUGGCAAUACGCUUCACUGUGCAUUAUUUCAUACUAAUACCAAACAUAGUUUAUUGUAUAAUUUCAUCCCAUUUUGGGCGGAGACGAGAAAUAUGAAUUAUAUUUAUUAUAUAUUCCUGGGUAAAAUUUAUUGUGUAUGUUGUGUGUUUCACAUUCUGUCUGAUUGUUGUGUAAAAGCUUUGAAGAAAAUUAUGUAUAUUUGUAAAGUUGUUGCAUGAUAUUUUGAAAUAAAGUGAUGUAAAGUGAAGGAAAUUGA